UCUUCUCGCUUUCUUCUCUCUUCUCGAUUUCUUCUCGCUUUGUCUUCUUACGCUUUGAGUUGGCCGACGCGGGGUGCGCCUUCCACGAAGAAGCGAAGCAAAGAGAGACGACAGGAGGACCGGAAGAGAGACGCAGCGAGAGGGUAUAGAGAGAGAGGCAAGCCGUUACAGAGCGAGAGAAUACGAGAGCCAGAAGGAAGCCGAUUCAAGAAUGGAGUCUCUGGAGAGGAGCGGCGUCGCGUCGUGUCUGACCAAGUUGAGUCAAUUCACUUUCUCACCCGGAGGCAUUCUUCUUUAAGAUGGAGCCUGCGCCUGUGUCGCCAUCCGAGCGCGAGGGGCGUUGCGUCCUCCCGCCUUCUCUAGUCCCCGAAUCGGCUUCUGAAUCCGCUGCUUCUCUUUCUUUGUCUCCGAACCUCGCGUGUACUCUCGAACCUCCCAGGUCUCCCGCCGCAGGUGCGUCGACACUGUCCAACAGCGACGCGUACUUGCUGUCUGUCGGACCUGCCCCAGCAUCGCCUUGGCCUCCUCCCUCGUCUCCUCUCCCUAAUCAUGUCUCGCAUGUCUCUGACGUUUCCUCUCUUCCACUUUCGCAUUUGUCUCCCUCUGCCUCGAUCCAUCCCCAGUCAUCCUGCAGUUCUUCUUCCUCCUCUUCCUCGAUUCAUCCCCAGUCAUCCUGCAGUUCUUCUUCCUCCUCUUCCUCGGUCCAUCCCCAGUCAUCCUGCAGUUCUUCUUCCUCCUCUUCCUCGAUCCAUCCCCAGUCAUCCUGCAGUUCUUCUUCCUCCUCUUCCUCGGUCCAUCCCCAAUCAUCCUGCAGUUCUUCUUCCUUCUCUUCGUCUGCUUCUUGUGCUUCGUCUGCUUCUUGUGCCUCGUCGGCUUCCUCCUCUUCGUCUGCUUCUUGUGCUUCGUUGCCUCCUGUCGCUGCGGACGUCGUUUCGCCUGCCCUGGAGUCGCUGUUGGGGGCGGAGGCGCCCGAAGAUGCUCGCGGGCGUCUGCUGGCCUUCUUGACGUGGAACGACCUGGCGCGUCUGCGUGCGGUGUCCAGACAGCUGAAGCGGCUCGUGGAGAACGCGGCGCUGUCUGCGCGCGCCGUUGUGCUGAAGCGUCGGUGGUGGAGCUCUUGGGCGUCCGCGUCUGCGGCGAAGGUCUCGGCGAUGCCGUUCUGGCGGAGCGUCCUCUCUUCGCCGGAGGCUGAACUGCAGGACCUCGUCCUUCACAUGGAAGGCGCGCAGGCGAUGUCGGACGUGAGAGCGGCCUCCGAGCUGCUGGCCAGACAUGCGAGGACUCUCCAGAACUGCGAGAUUCACACAGAUCCGUUUCCAGGUCCUCUGCAUCGCGGCGGACCUUCCUCCUCGUCGGCCUUUCGCUCCCUGCCUGCCCCUCUCGCCUGCGCUGCCGGCGCCGGAGGCGAUUCCCCUCCCCUGCUCUUCCCCGCGCUCGGGCGCCUCGUCCUCUCCGGCACCUGGAGUGUCUACUGGCUCGUCGCCCUCACCGCGCCGCACAUGGCGAACGCGCAGCCGCCGCGUCUGCGCGCAUGCAAGGCCCUCGAGCUCGUCGUCUCCGAUCCUGCCCUCGCGCUGAACAUCGGCUGCGGCGAGAAGCAAGAAACCGCGGGUGUGCCGGCUGGCGCGCUCGCUCGUCUCGCGCCAGGCCUCGGUCGCGCGUCUCAGCAGCGAACUGCGGGGACUGGAAAGCCAGUCUGCCGGCCCGCCUGCGGAGUCGCUCCGGAGCCUUCGGCCUCUGGACGACCGAGUCGAGGCGCGGGGAACUCCGGCGGUUUCGCUGCUGGACGAACAGCCGAGCGAGCGCGGCGCGGACCGGAGGCCGAGUGCCCUCGAAGCGACGGCCUGCUGCGCGUACACCCACCAGAGCGACGCGACAGUCGUUCUCCGCCAUGUCCACUCGGCAGUCGAAGAACGUCGGGACUCGGCGGUGGACUCUGCGCGACAGACUCGUCUCCGGAGUCCAUCCGUGACGCUGCCUUCGUUGCUUCCCUCGCGUCGUCUUCGUCUUCCUGCGCCGCUGGCGCCUCUGGCGCGUCUGCCGCGCCCCACCGCGCCUCUUCGCUUCCCCACCAGAUGCACGUCCCCCCCGCGCAGCCGUUUGAUUGGCUGCUGUACGCAGACAGCAUUUUCGCGGCGCUUCCGAAUCUGGAGCGUCUCGUUUUCGAUGUGCGUGGUGGCGGCAGUGCCUUGCUUUUCCCUCCUUCGCAUCCUCUGGCCUCUCAAGAUUCACCCUUUGCGGAGCUUCUCCGCAACUCCCAAAGCCGCCGCGACCUCGACGUUGAAUCGCGAACCUCCAAAGUCCACCGAGACCCUCCGGGCCGCCUCGCUCACGCUGAGGCUUCCUGUCCGUCGUCUCCAUCGUCGUCCCUCUCCUCUUCUUUGCCUGGUGCUUCGCUUCCGCCUCCUUCGUUCCCUCGGUCUUCUCUGGAGGCGCCGAAGCCGCGAGAGUCGCGUCCGGAGACGCCGUGGAGACCCGCGCGUGGAGAUAGUUGUCUCUCUUCCGAGAGUGCAGCGCGACAGAGCACACAUACCCGAGGCGCAUGCAGUGCAGACCCGCUGGGGGUGACGGUGCUUUGGUGGCGUCUCGUCCUGCGCCGCUGCCCGAAGCUGAGGGAAGCCGUCGUCGCUGCAGAUGACGCCGACCUGUUUUAUGCUCUGGAGGUCGCGCGGGCUCUCGAGAACGAGGCGCGCAGCGAGGCCAGACGAAGGCUCAUUUCCUUACGCGGAAACGAAGGAGAACAGGGUACAGAAGAAUUGAAGGAGGGAGCAGAAGAGCAGUGUGCGAGAGGAGAGAGUGAGGAGAGGGAAGAAGAGAAGGUUGAGAGCGGGGCGAACAGCGAGCAGCACAGAGAGGAGCCGACAAGAAGGGUGUCAAGAGGGGAGGAGAAAGAAGAAAGAGAAGAAGGAGACAGCAAACGACGAAGAGCGACAGAGAGACGGGCAGAAGAUGGUGAGUUUCAGCGUAUGCCGCAGGGAAACGGACGCAACUCAAACGGGGGCAGGGACGACAACGGAGAGACAGGAGAGAGACAACGAAAGACGGACGAGAAACAAGAAAAGACGUCGAUAGAAACGGAGACCCUAGCAAGAACGCAUGCCAUGGACGUUGGAGUCGCGCCGACUGGGCUCGCCGAGAAGGAGACUGCAUCUGAGGAUAGCAGAGUGGUGACAAAGGGCGUUUGUGAAGCGACAGAGACAGACUGGGAGCAGCCGGAAGGAGGACCCUGCAAGCAGGAAAGCGACUAUAUGUCUUCUGGCGACGCUGAAGUGUCUCCGUUUGCUGGCGCGUCGCCUGCGGUGGCGGAGGGGCUGGCGAAACAGCGGAAGAGACGCAGAAGCAAUGCAAACGAGGAGAGGGGGGAGAGCGAGAUCUGCGAAAAAAACCAGGAAACGCCUUCUCAGCGAUGUCUGGCUCUCUCGCGUGUGACGGCUGUGGGCCCUGGCGCGGAUUUCUCGUCGCUCGCGUCUGUCUCGUGUCUCCUGGACGACGAGGUCCUCGUCUCCAACUUUCUCCUCGACGUCGCGGAAAGCCAGCAUGCAGCGGAGGGUGUCUCCUUCGACUUCGCGUGUGGGGUGCGGCUCUCCGCCCGUCUCCUAGGUGUCGAUACACCCGCCGAAAUGGUCCAGAAGCUCCUCCUCCUGCCCGGGGGAGGCCGCCCAGAGGCGGGAGUGGUGCGCGGCGCAGAGCCGCCGAGACGGCCGAGGCACAGAGAGCCGACGCGCAACCAAAGGCAUCUGCAAGAAAUGCAGACGGCGAACUGUAUGCAGUGCUUUUUCUUGCCGAUCUUCUUCGCAGGGGAAGGCGGCGAGGCCUCGCUCGACGGCGCAGAAGACACAGACCUCUGCGUGAUCCGCAAUGGCCUCUUUCGCCGCUCCUGGGUCCGGAGACUCGCCCUCGAUAGUUGUACGUACACCGUGACGGUCGCCAGCCACCCGGGCCAGGAGCGGUGCAAUCGGGUGUAUCUCCACUGGCUCGCUCGGCAAGCUGCGCAGGCGAAGCGGAAGGCGCGUCCAUUUGAUCGCGUCAAUUCGCUGUCGCACGCAAACGCGCGGGGAGAAGGGAAUGCGGAGUGUCUCUCUUCAACCGACGCGUCUCGAUCAGAGCGUAGCCAUGGCGCAGGUCGCUCGGAGUCUCCUUGUCUUCUUCCUCAGUCUUUAUCGCCUCCGAGUUCUUCUCAUCCACUGUCUCCAGAAUCCCCUUCUUCCACGUGCUACUCGUCCUCUUGUCCUUCCUCUUGUCCUUCCUCUUGUCCUUCCUCUUGUCCUUCCUCUUGUCCUUCCUCCUGUCCUUCCUCUUGUCCUUCCUCCUGUCCUUCCUCCUGUCCUUCCUCUUGUCCUUCCUCCUGUCCUUCCUCCUGUCCUUCCUCUUGUCCUUCCUCUUGUCCUUCCUCUUCUUCCGCUCCGUCUUCUGCUGCUUCUUCGUCUCUUUUCUCAGGCCCUCUGUCUGAGGCUUGCUUGCUUCUUCCUUCAGUGCAGUUUCUCGCGCCUGGAGGGCGUCGCGCGCGCGUCUCUGUGGCGGCAGACUUUCUUCCGGUUCUGCGGCUGUUGGUGUCUCCGCCGGUGUUUGAGGCUCGCGCCCAAGGCGCCCGCGGCGAGGGCAGAAGACAGGCCGGGGGGGCGAAGCCAGCGGGAGACACCGGAGAGAGCGCGGAACGCAGAGAGACGCCUGGUUCCUCGCCGGAGAGAGCGGCGGGGGAGAAUGUUCAGGACGCGUUUUGCCAGUGGCGCCGACAGACACCCGGCGACGAAGACGAAGGCGGAGAGUCGAAUGAAGAGGAAAGAAAGGAAAGCGAGGAACAAGAGACAGACGAAGAGGAGGAAAAUGAAGGCGAGGAAGAGCGAAAUCGGGAGAAACGGACUCUGCAGACGAGACGGCGUGAUGAGGAGGAGACGAGGUCUCCUCCUGUUCUUCUCAAUGGAGGACAUGUCCAGUCUUCCAGCUGUGGUAGGAGGAAGGUUUCAUUGACUUCCCUGCCCCCUUCAUCGCCUUUGACUUCUCCACGCGCUCAUCCGUCUGCUGUCUCGCGUCCUACGUCCUUUUCUUCGUCUCUCACCUGUUUGUCUGCUAUGUCUUCUCCCCGUUCUUCUCUCUCUCCUUCUGGAUCUUCUGCGCUCCCCUCCUCUUUGUCACCUCCUCCGGCUUCGUCGCGCGCUUCUGCGUCUGCUGGUCGGCCGCUGUUUUCGCUCGGCUUCGUGCUGGGCGCGUCGCCUUCUGGGAGUUGUUUCAUGCGCCCCUGGGAUGUUGAGCGAGAGGCGCUGAUCGGCAUUUGCUUCGACGACGCUUUGCGAGAAAGUUGCCGAGGCGUCGAAAUCUUCUUCCGCCUCUCUCCGCUGGACGGCGCGUUCGAGUGUCGGGGCCGGAACUUGCUGCGUUGUCUGACGAGGCUGCGCAAACAGCAGUUCGCGUCGGGAGUGACGGAGGAAGGGAGGCCUCGCGACGCGCUUCUCUCGAAGCCGAGGGAGCGUCGAGAAACAGAGACAGUGGCGGACUCUCGCGCGUCCUCAGAAGCACCCGGAGAUCUGUCCUCUGGACGUCACGGCGAGGACGUCUGCGCAGCUCUCUUCCCUGGAAUGUCGGGCAGCCCACGGGGCGAGGCGACACUGGCGACGAGCUCGGGGGAGGGGAAGAAAGAGAGAACCGAGCGGCCUCAGAUGACUGCGAAGACGCAUUUCAGCAUCCCAGUCGACGACGACGAGUCCUCGCUGCUUCCCUGCGUCUCGCGUUUGGACGAGGAGACGCGAAAACGCGCCACCAAGUUGACGCCUCCUCGUCUGCUUCUUCUGCGGAUUGUCGUUGGGCCGGAAAUUCCGGGGGAGAACGUGAUCGGCGGCGAGCGCGGAGGCGAACGGGAGAUUCAGAAAGACAUGUUGUCUUUCCUCGCUGCCUACAGCGACUCGCUGCGUUUCGUCGAAGUCGAGGCGACUCAUCUGCGCCUGCGAGAAGAAGACUCGAAACUCCUGUCCCUACACUCCUCGCUAGGUCUGCUGAAAACGCACGCUACGCUCCUCGACGCCGGCUUCCGCGUUCGAGGUCUCUUCCCAGGUGCCUCGCCGAGAGAUUUUGUGCGCCUCUACGAACGAGACGCGUAAAGCAGCAGAGGGCGCGGCAGUCCGGCUUCUGAGCUCUCUGCGCGAGGGGAGGGGAGGGCGUCGCUUUCUCGUCGGCUGCCUGGCCAAGCAGAGAGAGAAAAUUUGAGCAAGGCCCUCUGCGUCGAAGAAAGAGAGAAGAUCGCGAAGAGGGGGACGGCGAACGCGAAGGAGAGAGGGAGUGCAGCACAGGCAGAGAGAAAGAAGGAGAGAGAAAGACAAAAGACGCACACUGAGAAGACGAGCGCAGCGUCGUCUGCGCAAGGCGGAGAAAGGGAGUUCGAGGGAGUGUGAAGGUCUUGUCCUGGUGCAGAGUUCUAUCGAAGAAGAAUCGACUUGUCAAAGAGCAGCCAGAGGAAUCGUUUCUCAGAGCCUGUCAGUGAAAUCUCGGAUUUGUUUCAGAGUGCGCAUCAGACGGAAACUCGCGAAUAAAAGAGCAGGGACUUCAGAAGGCAGAGCGGAAGAUCGACGAGAAGCACACAGAAAUGCAUCUGUACAACUGCAUGCGCAUGCACCUGUGUAUGUCCAGGUUUGUGAAGUACCCAGUGUGCAGGAGCUCUGGCGUAUAUAGAGCAGUCGGGGUAUGAACAAAGGACAGAUGUUUCGCUUGCCAGACUGGACUGUUUCUCUCUCUCCAGUUGUCUUUUUUUUAGGUCCGAGUGUCGCGAGAGUUCUCUCUCGUCUCGCGCAGACAAAUACCGGUGCCUUGUUCGCUUCUGCAUGCAGACAAUGUUUCCUGACGCGGCAACAUCGUGUCGCAGGUUUUUGGUGCAGUUUCCGAUCUUUCGAGAAUCCGAAACGCCUUUAAUUUCCUGACUUCAUCGGCCCGGCGCCCGCGCUUCUUCGGACCUCGCGAGUAUCGGCAGAAACCUUUUUUUUCACCUCACGCGCGUCGACAUCGGCGAGCAGCCCCG